CAACAGGGUCAGCAAAGUCAACAGAGCCAGCCCCGUCCACCGGUUCUGCUAUCCAAGUACAGCUACGCCGUCCUCACGGAUGCCCGUCUAGAUGCGUGGCAGCAGAGCGGUCGCCAAGAGGUAGUCCAACAUGGCAUUGCGUCUCGAGAGGACGAGGACAUCGAGGAGGUUUCCACCAUUUCCCAGGAGUUCACGCGAGCCGUACUCGAGAAUCGCCUCGACCCUACCGAUGCCGGCACUUGCAUGAAAGAGAUUCUCGGACCAGAUCCUGUCAACGAGGAAGAUAGAACAAAUUGUGGCUUUGAUGCACACAGUUUGUUCGCAGAUAGUAUCUCUGUCUUCGUGGAUUCGGGGGGAGACCAUAAUCGUGCUAAGGGCAUCAUCAACCCUCUUCUUACGCCUCGUCUUCGGGAUUUCGUACUCGCUACUGAUGUAUCGGCCAAACUGCUACGCGAGGUUCUCGACGUACAUGUUUUGGAGGAAGUUGGUUUGACUAGGGCCACUUUCGCGAAACUCCAGAUUCGCCAUUCCACAAAUUCCUUAUACCGCCAGUCAAACUACAAUUUGUUGCGUGAGGAAUCUGAGGGGUUCGCCAAGCUCGUUACUGAAUUGUAUUACACAGCACACACCAUGAACCAGGAGCAACUCACCCAGGAACAAGUACAAGCCGGCUUCGAGCGUAUCAAGGGUCUGAUCGGAACUUUUGACCUUGAUGUAGGCCGGGUACUAGAUAUCGUUUUUGAUGUCUUUGCCUCAACCAUGAUGAGAACAUUCCGCUACUUUACCAUGUUCCUCAGAGUCAGUUCUUGGUGGCCUCGUGAUCAGAGUAGCCGCUAUGACCCAGUACUCACUGGCGGCCUGCCCAGAUGGGCAUUGCCGGGAGCCUCAUUCUUGCCCACCAUUGAAGAGCAAGCUGAGAUGGAUGAGGCACGGCUACAACGCGAUAUGGCUUUCUGGGAACGGGCUCGCGAAGUACAUUUGGAUGCUUUCUUUGAGCUUGGCGGGAGGCACGUAAGCGAAGCAGAGCUUGUGGAGUUGUCCAGUUCACCAAACUCCACCGGUCAGAAAUCGCAACCCAUCGAUGCGUCCGAAUGGAUUCAAACGACCAAGACCAUACCGCCACCUGGCAAUCGAGUUGCAGCACAGUUAUAUGGGUUCAAGCUUCAAUAUUUUAUUUCGCAAGCUAGAGACAAGGACGAAACUAUACCGGCAAAUCUCUACUUCCUCGCUGCAUACCUGAUCAAGAUCGGAUUUAUCUCUCUGCCUGAUUUGUAUGCCCACAUCUGGCCGUCCGACGACAAAAUGGAAGACGUGAAAGAGAGACGCGCCCAGGAGCUUGAAGAAAAGGAAAAGAAGGAGAGACAAGGUGCUGAACCUAAUGCCCUAUUAAAAGCAGGGGCUCUGCCGGACGACACCGCCCCUUCUUCUAUGCCCUCGACGCGAACUCGGGAAGCUCUUGCACCCAAGGCUGACAUGAGUCAAAAAGACGCCGCCAGCACAAAUAGUUCAUCUAGUGAGGUUCUUCCUGAGCCCAAGGAAGUCCUCAAAGUCGAUUUACUACAUCAUCUGCUCCUUGUAGGGGCCAUUCCUGAGGCUCUGUUUGUUCUGGGCCGCAUCAACUGGCUCACUGACAGCUACCCCGAGGAAGUGGUUGCACCAAUCAAUAGAAUCCUGCUCUACUCCAUCGAUAAAGUGUACCGGCAAACUCUUCCUGAGGCCACCGACUUUGUGGAUAUACAGGCUACAAAGAAAGAUCUUGCACAAGACCACGCAUUGCCCAAGGGUGCUCUCAAACUUCUUGAUCGUCCCACUGCCAAGGCCCUCAAGUGGCCAUUUGCGGACGGUACCUCUAAGAACGUCCGAUACGAGCACUACCUCAAAGAGUGGACGGACAAUGUACCUGUUUGCCAAACGGUCGAUGAUGUUUUCACAUUAUGUGGCACACUUCUCAACAUCUCUGGUGUUCAGAUUGGGCGGUCUACCAUUCUGUUGAAGAAGUUGACGUCUAUUGGUUCCAAGAGUCUCAAAGAAGACAAGUCUCCCCAGAACCUCGACAGAUGGCGAGACCUCCUCAAGCGUAUCCUUUUCCCAGCACUCAAUUUGACGACUAGCAACGUGGAUAUUGUGGACUCGGUGUGGGGUCUGUUGAAUCACUUUCCCACCGAAGUACGUUACAAUAUGUACGCAGAAUGCUACGAAGGCUCGAUUUCCCGGCUGCCGGCAAUGGCAAAGGCGUUCAAGUACGCCCGCCUUGACACUUUAGCUGUGCUCAAACGACUGUCAAAAGAAAACCUUGCCAAAGCAGCCAAGUCCAUGGCUAAAGUGGCACUAUUUUCUCCAGGUACUGUCUGUAAGGUUGCAUUAGAUCAGAUCGAAGCCUACAGCAAUCUCAUUGAGGCUUUCGUUGAAUGCACGAGGUAUUUCACCGAUCUGGGAUAUGAUGUGCUCGUCUGGUCACUGAUGAGCUCAUUGGGUGGCAAACAACGAAGUAGAACGCAGGAAGGCUCAGUGCUCCUUACCAGCAAAUGGUUGCAAGCCUUAUCCAAGUUCUCUGGAAAGGUGUUUCGGCGUUACUCCAACAUGGAUCCAACACCUGUCAUUCAGUACGUGAAUGAACAGCUCGCACGUGGUAAUUCAACGGACUUGGUCAUCAUGAGAGAAUUUAUCACAUCAAUGGGAGGUAUCGUGUCAGACGUUGAUUUCACAGAUGCUCAGCUGGCUGCAUUGAGUGGUGGAGAAGAACUUCGACGACAGACUUUUAUCAAUCUUGGCGACAAACGCUACGAAUCCGGAAAAAGUGCGGCUCGCUUGAUGCAAGCCCUCGUGCAUACGAGGCUGGCACCACGUCUUUUAACAAACAUUGCGCAAUAUCGACAAUCUGCGAUCUACAACUUACCAGAGAAUGAGACGCAUAUCAAGUAUCUGGCCACGGUCAUUGACGAUUCUCAGCAAGCACUGGUACAGUUUGUGGAACUCCUUCGAGGCAAUCUCGCCCCAGAGCAGUUUGAUGCUCUUGUACCAAGCAUUCCGCGAUUGUUGACCGAAUUUGGACUCGACCCCAAUCUCGCUUUCUUAAUCGGUCGUGUGAGUUUGGCGUAUUAUCUAACCGGUCCAGGGGCCGUCGCUGUUAAAGGAGGAAAGCCAUCAGGAGUCGCGGAGACGGGUGCAGAUGCUGAGGGCGAUGUAGCGAUGGACGUGAAAGAAAACAGUGCCAUCCCAACAUCUUCAGAAACCCCUCCUACCGCCGACGACGCUAUGGCUGUAGACGAUCAGGAGUCCAAAGGACCGACGGCGGACGGUUCAAAUCCGGCAACACAUGGUCGGAAAUCUGACCACUUCACCGAGGUGCUUCGUCCGAUCGUCAGCACAAUCCAGGAAAUCCUGCCUUCAACGCUCUGGGAUUCCAUUAGUCCAGAUUUUUUUGCCCUCUUCUGGUCGUUGCAGACAAGUGACCUUGGUAUUCCUGCAAGCAGCUACAAUGCUGAGUCUCUUCGCCUCCAGAAAGAACAAGACUUUAUCAAAAAGGAUAGGAGCGAUAUGAGCAGGACGGGACGUGCUAAAGCCGAACAACGCAAAGCCGAAAUCACCCAAUUAGCAUCAAAGUUAGGGUCUGAGGCCACUCAAUGUCAAGAGAGGGUCAGUAAGACGAAAAUGCUGCUACUCAGGUCCGCCUCAACGUGGAUCACAACCUCGAUGUCGCAGUCGUAUGAGGCAGCAGAUAUGCUGAUUGAAGAAUGCAUCAUACCUCGAGUCUUGCUUGCGCCUGGAGACGCGGACUUCUGCUACAAAAUAAUCAAGUUCAUGCAUGACAACCAGGUGCUGAACUUUAACAUCAGGGUCUUGUACGAUCGCUUGUUCACAGUUAACAGACUGCGAUCUCUCAUCUUCGGGUGUACGAUAAGAGAGGCUGAAUUUCUUGGCCGAUUCAUCAAGCUUGUUCUGGGCGAUCUGUCGAGGUGGCACAAGAACAAGGAUAUCUAUGAGAAGGAAGCCACGAAGGGUGGUAAGCAUAGUGCAUUCGCCACGUUUUCUGCUGAGGGAGAGAUAUCCACAGCUGUAUUGGAGCACGGCCAAUUUCAAGAUCAGCUCUGGUCGUGGCAUCGAAACCUCGCAUCGGUCUUAAAGGCAUGUCUUCAAGCAACGGAAUGGUUACACAUUCGUAAUGCCAUUACUGUCCUCAAAGCUGUUUUGGAUCAUUUCCCAGCUGUCAACUUCCACGGCAAGCAGUUUCUCUCUGUGUUACAAGCGAUUGCGCAACGCGAAGCCGCUACGAAGAAUGACGACGACGGACAGGGCCAUCGUGUGGAUCUCUCUGUGACGGCAAAUACGGCCGCUUCUGCUCUAAAGAAGUAUGAAUCCAAGUGGGUCAUAGUGCAGUCAUUCCGACCGAAUCUCGCGGGUGACUCUUCGGACGAAAAGGCUGUUGAAGUGGUCAAGAACGGCAAAGCAACAAAUUUGCGAGCAAGCGCUGCGGAAUUCAAACCCGGACCCGGUAAUACAAGAGGUAAUGUCACGGCUGAGAAUGAAGACGGCGAGGUUACAGACAGCAAGGCACAAACUGCUACCGGCAUCACUGUGCCAACGCAGAAGAAAGAUUUCGAUGCCGAUCAAUCUGCCAACGCGCAGAAGCAGAUCAGUCUCCCACAGCGAGGUGACCUUGGCAAACCCACCAGUCGUCCAGCUACGCCUCCUAUCAGGUCAAGUAACCCUAGCCCUGCACCUCAUGGUCGACGCGAGCCAUCUAGGUUAUCGACUAUAUCGUCUCUCCCUCCUCCUCCCGGUUUACCAAGUCGGCCGGAUGUACCCCUGCCUGCGCACUUCAAUCAAGAUGAGCGAGGGCAAAUUCGUAUGGCGGAUCCUAGUCAUUCUCGUGACUCUAGAGAGCCUAGAGAUCCUCGUGGGCACAGAGAAACGCGAGAACCUCGGGAUGCGCGCCCGCCGGAGAGUUCAAGGUCGCGUGGAAGGGAGUCGCUUGGUUCUGAUCGACGUCCACUCGAACCUGAAAGAGAGCGUCAUCCUCGACAAGAUGGCCCACCCCGAUGGGAGCCUCCGUCGAACGAGAGAGAGUCACGAACGCCACGGGAUCGUGCGUCGUCAAACAAUGGAGCGAUGCGCCCCACGGAGCCGAACAGGCUGUCGCGCGAGCCUCAACCUGACAAUAAGGUGAUGCCGCCACCGACGCAGCCGGACGCGCAAGGACCAACGGUUAAUCCUGAGCGGGCACGUCUGCUUGGUAUCGCCGACGAUGACACAAGAUCGAGUAGUACCCCUGCUGAGAUGGUCAACCCUGCGCGAGCCGCCCUCAUCAACGAUAGCAGACCCGGAGGUCGUUCGCGGGAUGAUAGCCGAGAUCGCAAUGCACGCCAUUCUUCUCCCUCCCGAAGAGAUCGAUCAGAUGUUCGCCCACAAGAGCCCGGCCGUGAGGAGCGAGGCGAUAGGCACCGCUUCGACCACACCACACCGAGUCGUGGUCCCCGAAGCGAACCACAAGCACCUUCGGGCCCCCGAGGAGAUCGUGACCAGGAACGUCCACGCGACGCGAACCCCUUUGUCGGUUCAUCAAGUUCACGCAGUGAUUCGGAUCAUGCGAAAUCUAGCCAACAAGAUCCCAACUAUGGACGCCUCAACUCCACUCCCUCUGUUGUGGAGACGUCUAAUGUACCAGAUGCACCUCGCGGUCGUGGUCGUAACAUGGCACGCGGCCCUGCAGGUCCCAAUCAGCCGCCUUCGCGGCCUGAUUCGAGACAUCAACCCCACGAGCAAAUUCAUAGAAAUCCUUCUCCCGACCGGACGCAACCACCUUCAGGGCCAGCUUCGUCUAGAGCACGUCGUGGCCCUAUGGCACCGCCUCCUAACAACGGGCCUAUGAACAACGCUCCUGCUGCAAGCUCUCCCACCACUGGUAUCCACCCUGAUAGACUGCGUCAUCUGAACACUGGUCCUGGUGCUGUAGCAUCUUCGCCACAACCUCCCUUUCCUGCGUCCAGCGCCAACUCCGUAGGCGUUCAUCCCAGUAGGCUAGGCCGCAUUGAGCCAGACCCACCGUCAGGCCCUGCUCAGCAGAGGCAUGGACAUGGGCAUCUACCUCCAAUUCAAACCCCUGAGCGGCCACCGAUACCUACUGGCCCAGGCAAUCGACAGCCAUCCGGCAGUCUGCCUCAGACCCCGUCGAGCGAUAGAGGAACUCCCAUGUCCGCGCCGACUGGUCCCUCAGCUUCUAAUGACCGUUCGAGGGGCGGAAGCCGAAGACAACUUGCGGGUAUCAAUAACCUACUUCAAGGCUCUCAAAACCCGACGCCCGAGGUCGUUAGCCGUAACGGCAGCCUCCGUGGCAGGAGCUCACGUACAAAUCUUGUUGGAUCUGAUGCACAGGUUCUUACUGGCGCGUCACCUGUGUCAACUCCGGUUCAAGAAAGGUCUGAGCCUCUGGGAGCCCCCGGAUCUGGCAGAGGAGGGCCGAUCGGAGAUGAGAGGUCUAGUCGCAGCGACCGUGACCGAAGCCGGAGGCAUCAUGAGCAUGGUGAGCGCAGCUCUCGGUCGUCUCGUCACGGAAGUCGGGAACGAAGCCCUGGCCGCGAUCGCAACAAAGAGCACAGAGAACACCGAGACCGAGAUCCUGGUGCUAACCCAUUAGGUAACGGUCCGCGAGAUGAGUCACAGAGACGAUCUGGUAGAGAACCUUCCGGUCCUGGGGCCAAUAGCCGCGGACCAGAAGUAGUAGGAAGUGGACGAGGAGACGGCGUGCGUGAGUCGCGUCAUGGGGAUGGGCGAAGUGGAGGAAGACAUGAUGAGCAUGGACGGAGCGGUGGAGGCGGACGAGGUGUAGCAAACAGUGGUGGCGGUAUGGGUGGAGGACCUCGGAGUGAUGAGCAACGUCCCAAUCACCCCAGUGGCAGAGGUGAAGAUCGGGGUCGAAAUAGUCGCAAACGACAAAGUGAGGAAGGCGGCUAUACUGGAGCGCCGUCUGACAGCCAUAAGAGGCCGAGACACCAGCGAUAGAACCGUGGAAUGCGGCCUGAAGAGCAUACAGCCCUUUCUUGACCGGCGUGUCAUGUAAUACAAUGUACUCAAACGGAAGAGAGAUCGAAAUCUGCGGAGGAAAACAAGUGACACUGCCAUUAUACGGCGUGAAUUUCGGCAUUAAAGCGACAGAUCGAUAUAAGCAUCGCUGGGCGUUCAGGGUUCUUUCGGUCAACACAAAUCAAUAUUAGCAACUCAAAUAUGGCAUGAAGUGUCUCCCCCAUUGCCUCAAAUGAGGCGAACAGAGGACAGACCAGGCUUGGCCAGACAUCUCGGUUCGCGCAUAUCAUUAUUAAACUAUUUGUCUACUACGCAUUUUGCACGGCGCACACAAGAUACCCCCAUCGAGCAUGAGACAUGUGACUGCUUACUUUUCAUUCCCUUCACUUUUUUGGGGGG